AUGCUUUCGGAUUAUAAACUCACUGAUGAGUUAGAAGUCGAGGAAGCACUUAAUGGGUACCCAGCUUCCGAAUGGCUUGCAAAUUCAUCCGACUAUGCCCAGUACAUAGAUGAGUACAUACGGUAUCGCCACCAGGCGGACUUACGUGAAGCGGAAGAACAACAUCAAACUCCGGAAGGGGCCAAGAUAAGGGUAGCAAACAUCUCUCCUCAGCCAUGGUCAGCCCAAAUACCAUACUGGGCCGCUGAAAAUGAAAGUAAACUUGUGCGGAUACUCCGUGGGCAAGAUAGCCCAGAUCUACCAUUACCUGAUGGUGUCACGUAUUUUUGGAAUAAAACCGACCGCAGGAAAUUUGGAGUAUCGUCUUUCUUCCUUCUCUGGUCUGAAGACUCGACGCUCAGCUCUCUCUCUCCCAGACAGCCACCUCGUCUCGUCUGUAUCAUCACAUCAAUUCAAUCCCAGAGACAAGUUCUCAAUCCUUCUUGUUGCUCUCUGAGAUUUGCUUCAUCUGGAGGUUAUUCUGUUCUUCACUCAAGUGGUCUUCAGCACUGGUUUAAAAAUUGGCAAGGACACAGAAAACAUAAACUGACAGCUAGCACUUUUGCUGCCGCCGUUGGUUUUUUUCAUCGCCGAAGACUCCAGCUUUGGUUAGAGAAGAUUGGAGCAAUUGAGCCAUUUUCGGGUAACCUGGCUACCUGUUGGAGCAAUAUCAAAGAAGAGGAAGCACUUGAAAGAUACAAGCUGAUAACAGGAAAUUCUGUCUUGUUUCCUGAAUUUCAAGUCUAUGGUAAUACAAAUGCUGGAGAUGAUUGGCUAGGAGCUUCACCAGACGGGGUGGUUGAUAGGCUGGUAUACGGAUUGUCUUCACGAGGAGUACUGGAGAUUAAGUGCCCAUUUUUCGAUGGAAAUAUGAAAAAGGCUACCCCUUGGUCGCGAAUUCCUUUGUACUGUGUUCCACAGGCUCAGGGUUUAAUGGAAAUACUUGACAGGGAUUGGAUGGAUUUCUAUGUUUGGACUCCUAAAGGGAGUAGCCUAUUCAGGUUAUACCGGGAUGCAGAGUACUGGGAUGUUUUGAAAAUGGUUCUCUCAGAUUUUUGGUGGAAUCAUGUCCAGCCAGCGAGGGAGAUGUGCAGUAAGUCUCAGAUUACGGAUCCCCUUGUUGAAUUAAGAUCGCUCAAACCAGCACCCAGGCAUGAAAUGUGUAGUUAUGUAGUUUAUGAAAGCAAACGCAUUGUUGAUAGCUCCAAGUUAUUGAUGCGUGAAAUCAAUGGCAAACUGAUAAACUGAUGCAGCAUCUAUAACCACGAUUUAGGCCUUUCAAAUUAUUCGGUUCUGAGGAUAUGGGACUCAUCCCCAUCAAGUUGCUGGAAUAUGGUUUGGCUUUCAUGAGUUUAUUGAUUGAUGUAAAUUCCUACCGUCAGUAUCAUCAUAACUUUGGCCUAAAUAGUGAAAGAGGAAUGCACGUUGCUAGUACAUGAGGUAGAUUUUGAUAGAGAGGUGAAAAUAUUCCCAGCUAUAGUCAUUGUAUAACAACAAAAAAGAAAGGAAAUGUUUGAUUUCUACAGGAUUGAACAAGUAAAGAAGGAAGAUUUUUAGUUGAGGCGCUGAUCGCGCUGGGGAAAAACUCAAACAGAAAUACCUUGCAUUUGCCUUUCAAAAUAUCACAUUACUACUGGAAAAAGAAAAGGAAGACAACUUAAACUUACCAAGAAGUUUUGCUCAUUUCUUGAAUGAGCAGGGGCAGUUCUUUUGACUGCAGCCCAUUCUGAUAGUACAUGAUCAAGGCGUCCUCACCGAGCUCAUUUGUUCUAUUAAGUUGGAGCGGCGCCAACUAGUUUCACUUUUCUUGUGUCAUAUAUUGUCUUAGGAAUUUAUCGUCCUUGGUGAUUAUGGAUUGAUUUCAUAUCAUCUUCCGUAAAGUGUAGAGCAUGGACUCACAAAUGUAUUAUUUAUUUCCAUUUUUUAUAU